AGCUCACCAACAACAGUGCCAAUGAAAUUAGCUUUCAUUGGCAAUGUGAAGACUCUGAUUUAUUUGUUGUCAAAAUGGAGCCAACAGAAGGAGUAGUCGUACCUGGAAACACUGAAGACUGUCAACUGUGCCUUACUGGCUUUAAACCUGGAGUGAUCAACAUGCACUUAAAAUGUUACCUUGAAUACCAGGAGGAACCUAUUUAUUACAAUCUCCAGGCAUCUUUCAAGGGUCCUGAAGUUGUCAUUGAAAAUUCCAGCAUCGACUUUGGUCUUGUCUGUCUUGGAAACUGUGUAUUAAAAGAGUUGUGUCUUCAAAACAAGUCACCGGUGCCAGCUGAAUUCCACAUUACACAAAUCCCAGAACCAGAAACGGAUCCAAUAGACUUAAACGUCACCAUUACUGAAGGAGUCUUGGAACCGUACCAAUUUCUGAGCAUCAAUAUGAGUUUUGCUCCUGAUUCUGUGUAUUCUUUGAGGACUAAUUUGUUGUUGGAGGUGGUCGAUGGAAACACCAGUAUUGUUGCUGUCCGUGGAGAGGUGGAAGUGCCGUAUGUUGUACUGGAAUCUUGUCAGUUGGAUAUGGGUGCCAUUUCCUGUGGCAUUCAAACCAGAUUCAGUGUGUCUCUCAUUAAUAAUUCCUAUGUAGAAGCACAAUAUGAAUGGCUGAAGCCUGUUGGGAGUCAAGCCCACCUGUGUGAAAUAGAAAUCCUUCCGAACAGAGGAAUUAUCUCUCCAACAAAAACGGAACCUUUUAAUCUGACUUUUUUUUCCAAGGAACAGAUGGUGUUUGACGAUGUAUUUAUUCAAUGUAAAGUAAUGGAAAUGCCCAAGUUUCUCUGUUUGGCCAUUACUGCUGACGUGAAGGGAUUAAUUAUACAAUACCAGGUAUCAAAAGACGGUUAUUUCACCGAUGAAAGUAAUGAUAAUGAUGAACCUGUAGUAUUAGACUUUGGUGAGGAAGUAAUGGUGGCCACCAAACCGUGCUUGUAUCUCCGUAUCAAAAACGUCACUCAGAUCGAAAGUACCUACUCCGUAUCUGCUGAGAGCUUCCCAGUUGAUAAUUCUGUUUUCCAGCCAUCAAAGAAGGGACUGAGAUUAAAUGCCAAAUUGCCGAAGCCGUUCACAUCUCCAUCAGCCAAGCACACUGACAAUGUUAGUACCAGAGCUGAAGCGAGUCCGACACAGAUCAACGGAGCUGGUUUACUAAUUGAGCCACUCAGUGGUAGGCUCCCUGCACUCAGCUACGUCGUUGUCAAGAUCACCCUCAUUUCAAGUAUGUGGGGUAACUACAAAGACAACCUGCUCUGUAAGACUGGGGACCUGGAUGUUGUACGUCUACCUGUCGUGUUCAACAUAGUGGGAAGCCCUCUCCAAUUCUUGAUAGUUGGGCCAGCAUCAGAUGAGGAACCAAAAAUCCGGUUUGGUUUCUAUAUUGCUGGCAUGAAACCUGUUUGGCGGAAAGUCAAAAUUUACAACAACAGUGUCUUUGAUAUUCGAAUCGACUGGCGAGUUUUCAACAUCUAUGAUGAUGAUCAACAAAUUAUCGAUCUGAACCUUUACUAUGGGGACCCUUUCCCCCUUUUAGGGCCCAACAGCAAAAUUGUCUCAGCUCACACAGGUUCAGUCCUACUUCACGACACCUUUGGUAUGUGUCUUCUAGGAAUAUUAACUCAGUUCCGGCAUUUGUCUGGAACUUUAUAUUACAGUGUGUAA